UUUGGCAUCUCCAACUCCACCGGCCACACGUUUCUCCUCCAUCUCCAUCUCCGCCUGGAGUCCUGGACGGACACCACGCGCCCGACGGCCCGAGCGACGCUUCCGCCCCCGCGCCCCGCUUCGCUUCUGCCUUCUGGAUUGUCCAGCUAAAGACGCUGCAUUUUACAAUCCAAGCUUCUUUGGGAAGCCCCUGACGAAAAACCAAGUUGGACUUGCAAAGGUGGAUAGCUGGUCCAGUAGGGCUGGCUCUAGAAGAUCAACCACGGCUCCAAGGAUAGGAUCCCGUAUUACACUUCGAAGGGGAAGACAAUGCUCCCAGUGUUUUCCUAAGUUUCUACUUGCAUCCCCUUCUUUUCACGGUGGUCGUGGUGCCCUCCCAUCUGCAGGGGGGCAUCCUUCCGAUUUGACCUACCUUGCUGGUGGUGGUGCUGCUGAAGUCUGAAGUAGGAUUGUUAGUAUUGUAGAUAUUCAGAUAGUAUUACAUAAACUAAGCAUCAUAACUAUGGUGUCGGCCACCAAGGUAGAAGGUGAAUAUUCGUUUCUGAGCAAGAACUCUCACCUGGAUCAAUCUGAAGGUGUGAAGAUACAUCUAUAUCAAUUUGGUGCAGAACACAGAAAUGAGAAACUUAAAAGCUUUGCAUGCUCUGUACAGGAUGGCCCAAGUUUACUUGAUAUGUUGCUUCUUUCCCAGUGGGAUAAUUUUGCCUGGAAGGGCCAUUUGGACUAUGAUGUUACUGCUUGCCAACUUAAGGUCAUUGGAGGUGGAAGAAAUUUUGUGGGUCAGCUGAACAAUAAAUGGAAUCCAUUUUCACUGAAGGAAUAUGACAAGUUCUUUGAGUCCUUUGAAUGCUUGAAGCCAAAUAGUAUGAAGAGUUACGAUGGAUUGCUCCUGGGCAUUGCACAAGGAGAAAAUGAUAGACCUGAGGUUGCUCCUUCAGCAUCACCACCGAAGGAUGGACUACUUGUGAUUGCAAAUACAUAUCCUGUUGAAUAUGGUCAUAUCUUCUUGGUCCCAAGUGCAAUCCAUCAACUAUCUUGCUACUGGGACAAAAGGAUGAUUGGACUGGCUACAAAGAUUUCCUCUGAAGUAAAUAAUGAAUCAUUCAAGGUUUUCUUUGACAGCGGAACAUCUGUAGUGUCAGGUCACAUGAUUUUUCAGGCAUGUUACUUUGCAAUUCCUUUACCAGUGGAGUCUGCCUCCACUUUCACGGUAUAUGAUGGAAAGGCUGGAUCAGACAUUAUUGUGUCUGAAACAGUUGACUACCCCCUAAAAGCUCUUGUGUUCACCAGCACCAACCUAAAAACACUUGUGAGUGUUCUCAGUGAAAUAUCCUUUUCUCUGCAUGACAAUGCUACUGCAUACAGCCUGCUGAUUUCCAACAAUGGCACAAAGGUUUUCUUGUUUCCACAGGUGAAAAAUCUGGUUACUGGCUGCUGUCUGUCUGCUUGGGAGUGUGGCGGCUACUUUGUUUACCAAACCAAGUUUGAUUUUGAUAAUGCUUCUGAGACUGAAAUCUCCAACAGAAUGGGCUCUGUUUCACUCGAGGAUAGCACCUUUGAAGAUCUGAAACAUCUUUGUUGUGCUAUUGCAGACAAUCUUCUUAUGUAAGCCCAUGCAGAAUGUUAAUGCAUGAUAAAUAGUCUCUGUUAACCGCUUCAUAUGUUUUUAAGUUCAGCUGAUUGCCCAUAUACAGUGUGGAAACUGUCUUACAUUCGGAUUGAUCAAUAAAGCUUGCUGUUUUUAACA